AUGGCCCGGCCAAAGAGGCGCAUCCAGGACGGCUGGCGGCGUCUGUCAGGAAGGCGGGCGAGGGCUCCGCAGACCGGGUGGGCGGGUCGGACUCUGCCAACGGCCUGGCGCCACGCCUGGGUGUCCAGGCAACGGCCAGCUAAAGGGAAGAAGAAAAGCCGGGGCAAGUCGCGUGGGAAGAAGCAGAAGAAGCCGGAAGUGGACAUCCUCAGCCCCGCCGCCAUGCUGAACCUCUACUACAUCGCGCACAACGUGGCCGACUGCCUGCAGCUGCGCGGCUUCCGCUGGCCAGGCGCCGCCAAGGCAAAGAAGGGGAAAGGCAAGACUUAA